AUGGGAAUGUGCAUCCCCAUUACCUUCCUGGUGACAUUUGGGGAGGCUGUGGGAAUGUCCGCUAAGAUGGCUGGAUAUUUGGCUUCUAUAUACAAUGCAACCAGCGGCGUGGGACGCAUUCUUCCCGGAUAUGCCGCAAAUAAAGUCGGUAAUUUCACUGUCUCAGCUUUUGCUGCAGGACUAUCAACCGUUGUUGUUUUUGCUUUAUGGCUACCUGGACACUCGUCAGCACUCGCAAUUGCAUUCUCGGCCGUAUUUGGAUUCACAUCGGGCACAUAUACGGCUAUCAGUCCAGCUCUAGUGGCACAGAUUUCAGAUAUCGCAGAGAUCGGAACCCGAUCCGGUAGUUUAUAUGCAGUGAUGUCAAUUGCGGCGCUUACUGGAAGUCCGAUCGGACGCGCUUUGCUUGCAAAUUCAAAUGGGAGCUAUUGGCAAAUGCAAAUCUUCACGGGCGUAAUGCUCGGUGCGGGUACAUUAUUUUACAUCGUGGCCCGCUGGUACUUGGCAAAAGGAAGAUUGAGGGUCAAGAUUUGA